UAUUGGCUAACCAUAUCUUGACAAUGACAGCAUUUGCAUUUAAAGCGUUUUCUAACUAGAAUGAAUUUUUUUUAAAUUCCCGUUGAUAUGUCUUUAUCGAGAAAAUAUAACCAACUUUUGAAUAAAAACUUUCUGCUAGUACAAAGUAUUCAAACAAGUAUUUUAAUGGCCACUGGCGAUGCAUUAAGUCAAGAGUUAAUGGAAAAGAAGGGCUGGAAAAACUACCAAGCUCGAAGAACAGCGGAAUUUGCAUUUUUGGGAUGCUUUCUAGUGGGCCCAGCUUUAACAGGUUGGUAUAAAAUACUCGCCAGACAUUUAGGUCAGAAAACGAACCUAAGUACGACUUUAUUGAAAGUGGCAGCUGAUCAGCUUAUUUUUGCUCCAGUUUUUUUGGGAAUUUUUAUUAGUUGUGUCGGUCUACUUCACGGGCAAAAUGAGAACCAAAUAAGGAAAACCAUGGAGAAAAAAUACUGGGAUAUCCUAUUCUCCAACUGGGCGGUUUGGCCAGUGGUCCAAGGAGGAAAUUUUUAUUUUGUGCCUUUAAAGUAUCAAGUUUUAGUAGUGCAAUCAGUGGCAGUGUUCUGGAAUACGUAUCUUAGCUGGAAAACCGAAAAUGAUGACUAAAAUUUAAUCAAGCCAAUACAUAUUUAGCCAUU